AUGAACCUUCUGACAUCCUCCAACAGAAGCCAAAGGUGGGAUGAAGGGAAGCAGAAGGCUGGCAUUACUUUUGUCCUCUUGGGCUUCUCAGAAUACCCAAACCUCCAGGUGCUCCUCUUCUUGGUGUUCCUGACCAUCUACAUCGUUUCUGUAUUGGGAAACCUAGGCAUGAUUCUGAUCAUCAGGAUGAAUUCUAAACUUCACACCCCCAUGUAUUUUUUCCUCAGCCAUUUGUCCUUUACUGACUUUUGUUACUCCUCUGCACUUACACCCAAACUGUUAGAGAUUAUAAUUGUGGAAGACAAAACUGUGCCCUUUAAAGAAUGCAUGACUCAAUUUUUCUUUGGCUGCACCUGUGUGAUUACAGAGAUAUUUAUGCUGGCAGUGAUGGCCUAUGACCGGUUCGUGGCUGUUUGUAAUCCCCUGCUCUACACAGUUGUUAUGUCUCCUAAGCUCUGUGCUCUCCUGGUGGCUGGAACUUAUAUGUGGAGCGGUCUUUGUACUUCAAUACUUACGUACUGCCUAUUGCAGCUUUCCUAUUGUGGGUCUAACAUCAUAGAUCACUUUUGCUGUGAGUAUUCUGCUGUCCUGUCUGUAUCCUGCUCAGAUACCUCCUUGAGCCAGCUGAUAUGCUUUGUUAUGACGAUAUUUAAUGAAACAUGUAGCCUCCUGAUCAUCCUUGUCUCCUAUGUCUUCAUAGUCAUCACUGUCAUUAAGAUUCCUUCUAAGAGUGGACUCCGAAAAGCCUUCUCCACCUGUGCUUCCCACCUGACCACCAUCAGCAUCUUCCAUGGAGUCAUUCUACUUUUGUACUGCGUCUUCAAUUCCAGAAGUCCUUCCAUCCUUGGCAAAGUAGCCACUGUGUUUUUCUCCAUUGUGAUCCCCAUGCUAAAUCCCCUUAUUUACAGUCUCAGAAAUACAGAAGUGAAGGAGACCAUCAGGAAAUUGAUCUGCAUAAAAGUUAAUUCCCACUCAAAGUAA